UACGGUCGCUUAAUCAUCUCUUCCUGCAAAGCUGCCAGUUGCCCAUGGGAGAAUCAACACAUGUUGUCGUGCAGUUGCUGCUUGUCUUCCUCCGUGAUCGACCGUCGCAAUAUCCCGAUUAUGUGUCGCGUGUCUAAAUGACAAAGAGGAAGAAAAAGGAGCUGAAUCAGCGGACAACAGCUGGACGACGACGAACACCGAUUAAGGUAUAAUAAAGGUGCAUAUAUCACAUAGCUUAACGAUCUUAUAGUCUGCAAACGUUGUGUGUCGGAAUGUGUGUACAGUAUGCGACUCUUAUUAUUUACCUAUGAAAAUCGAUAGCACGGAAGAAGGUGGAUUCUUCGUUUCAUGUUGACAUUUUUCAUGAUGGAUGUAGUCUCGAUGGUAAUUUUUUUUCAGUGACGCCCCAUCAUUAUUCAAUUGGAAAUCGUUAAGGUUGGAAUAACUCCUUGUUGUUUGCCAACCAAUUUUUUAAAUGUUAAUGACGCAAUGCAAAUGUCGAGCACAACAUCCGUUCGACCAUUACGUAGUAGGAAGACUGCAGCCAUCCAAGCAAGAUGACUACGAAACGGGACCCGAUGAAGAAGAAGCUUUACUCGAUGAAAAAAUUGUCGAAAGAGUUUGCUGACAACACUUCGAUGCACGGUCUUAAAUUUAUCGCCCAGGACGAAGCUACACUGGCAGAGAGGAUUUUAUGGAUUGCGCUUUUUAUGGUUGGCUUGUUAUUUGCCGUGGUUUUCUCGUGGAAUUUGUGGGAAAAUUGGAAGCAGUCGCCCGUUCUCAUUACCAUUCAAACUGCCAAUUAUCCCAUAAAAAACUAUCAUUUCCCCACUGUCACUAUAUGCAGCGUGAACAAAGUUUCGACUCGAGCUCUCGGCGAAUGGAUGUCCACGGAAAAAGCGAAAAGUUUGAAAUUGAAUGAAAUAAGAAGAAUUUUGGAGAUCAUGUCGACUAAUCGAGUUGAAAAUGAGGAAGAAGUCGCCAAACUUAGCCAACUUUUAUUUCAGGCUAAUAUAAGCAGCAACGAUGAAGGCUACGAAAAACUUAUGAACCAUUUAUCACCAAACUGUUCAGAAAUGGUAAUGCAUUGUUCCUGGGAAGGCAAGGAAGAGGAUUGCGCCAAUAUUUUCGAAUCGGAAGCGACCGAUGAUGGCUUUUGUUGUUCUUUUAACUCGAUUAUUAUUCGUCGCGAUGCCCAUUCCAACACAAGGAAAGAACUGAGGUAUGCCAAAACUAGUGGAGUGUACGCCGGGCUUACGGUUCUGUUGAAUGCAGAAAUUGCGGACUAUAACGUCACGUCGUCUUCUAUAAGUGGCUUUAAAGUCUCUAUUCAAGAUCCGAAGGACUUUGCUCGCACUGGACGUAUCGGGUUUCUUGCAAGCCCAGGUUCGCAAGUCGAUGCUGCGGUUAAUGGCCAAACUCAAAUAGGAGAUGAUCAGCUUAGGGCCAUCGAUUUGAACAAAAGGCUAUGCACCACCAAUCAAGAAAUUAAUCUCAAGUACUUUGAAGACUACACGGGACCUUAUUGCCAACUCGACUGCCUUAUUACCCAUUUUCUUGACGAUUGUUUAUGCGUCCCUUACUACUACCCAGUACCGGCCCGACUGCCCGUUUGUAAUUUAUCGUCAUAUCCCUGUUUGGAGAGAGCAACUGAGCGAGUUGUAAAAAAUGCAAGUUCGUGCGACUGUCCCGACGUGUGUACCACCGUUUGGUAUAGGAACGAGAUCUCUAGUGGAACUUUUCCUAAUUCUGUCUGGGAAUACCCUCCCACCGUUAUCGAGCGUCCUGAAUUCCGGGAUCUGAGUACAGAGGAAUUGAUUGUUUACGCCAAAGAGAAUUUCGUCAAGCUAAACGUUUACCUCAAAUCCGAUUCUGGCAUGUGCUACAUCAUGAAGGAACGAACGACAUGGACGGACUUUAUUUCGGCUGCUGGUGGACUCCUUGGUUUAGGCUUUGGAUUUAGUAUCCUUAGUGCAGCAGAACUGUUUUAUUUCUUUCUGGUCCGUUGGUUCUAUUAUUGGUAUCAGUCAAAAAGGCAGGAUCAAAUGAUCAUCAAGGUCCGUCCGUCCUAUCCUUUGAUUAACACAAGGCAACAGAUGCAAAGGAAAUCUAACAGGGUAAAUUUUGCGGAUAGCCUUUCUCCGACCUACAAAGCGUGGAAUCGUCAUCGACACACCGAAAGCUGGGAUCUAUUUGAUCAGCCUAAUUUAAUCAGAUCUUGGGUCGAUUACUGAUAAUGCGAUAGUUUCCUUGUCUGCUCACGUUUUUAUUAACAUUUUUUUUUUUAUAUAUUCAGACUUAAUCAUUUAUAUCGCUACUCGCUACCACCUUGACAUUGUUUUCUUAGCAUCUUUUAUUUAUUUCCACACAUAGCGACUGACAAGGGCUUCAAUUUGGAAUAGACACAAGUGCUAAUAACAAGAUUCUUUGAAAAAUUGAAAGAUUCUUCAUCAAAACAAAGAAAGCAUGUAGAUUUCUUUUUUGUGAUAAGAAAAUGGAAUUUACAGAAUAUGUACUUUCUAGUUACCUUCAUAUACCGUCUUAAUCAUCAUUCUUUCGUAGAGCCCCGAAAAAGUAUAUAAAAUGUGGAAAAUUACCACCAGUGGACGGGUGGGUGAGUCGGAUAAGUCAUCGCUUAUUGAUUGGUGCACUUUCAGACCUGAUGUUAUGACUAAAUGUUAAUAUCUACUAUAGAAAAAAUGAAAUUGGUUAAAUUUUUUUUCGAUAAGGGGAAUUUCAUUUCUAGGGGCUAGGGCAGCGUAGUAUGUUUAACAUAUAUAUAUAUAGCAUCAAAACUUGACGAUAUUUUGUUCAGGAUUGUUACACAUAACUUGUUUUGGGGCAUAACUAUCAAAUUGUUAACUGCCUUAUCUUACUUAUUACUUGCUAAUGCUAAAUAAUAAAAAGACAAACAAG